CCUCUCGGAGCCGUGGCCCCGGGGCGCGCGGGGCUCUCGGGGCGCUCGCAAUAUGCGGGCGGACUGUCGGCCGCCGCGAUGGCGAGCCGGGCGGUGGUGAGAGCCGGGCGCAGCCCGCAGUGUCCCCGAGUCCGGGCCGCGGCCGCCGCCCCCGCCCGGGCGGCUCUCCCCCCCUCCUGCGCCCUCCCUCCCAGCUCCAACUCCUCCUCCUCCAUGCCGCUGUUCCUCCUGCUCCUACUUAUCCUGCUCCUGCUGCUCGAGGACGCCCGAGCCCAGCAAGGUGACGGAUGCGGACACACUGUGCUGGGCCCUGAAAGCGGAACUCUUACAUCCAAAAACUACCCACAGACGUACCCCAACAGCACUGUUUGUGAAUGGGAGAUUCGCGUCAAGAUGGGAGAGAGAGUGCGCAUCAGAUUUGGUGACUUGGACAUUGAAGAUUCUGAUUCUUGUCACUUUAAUUACUUGAGAAUUUUUAAUGGAAUUGGAGUCAGCAGAAAUGAAAUAGGCAAAUACUGUGGUCUGGGGUUACAAAUGAACCAUUCAAUUGAAUCAAAAAGCAAUGAAAUUACAGUGCUGUUCAUGAGUGGAAUCCAUAUUUCUGGAAGAGGAUUUUUGGCCUCAUAUUCAGUUAUAGAUAAACAAGAUCUAAUUACUUGCUUGGACACUGCAUCUAAUUUUUUGGAACCUGAGUUCAGUAAGUACUGUCCUGCUGGUUGUCUCCUUCCUUUUGCUGAGAUAUCUGGAACAGUUCCUCAUGGAUAUAGAGAUUCCUCACCAUUGUGCAUGGCUGGUGUGCAUGCAGGAGUAGUGUCAAACACUCUGGGUGGCCAAAUCAGUGUUGUAAUUAGCAAAGGUAUCCCAUACUAUGAGAGUUCCUUGGCUAACAACGUUACAUCGGUGGUGGGACACUUAUCUACAAGUCUCUUUACAUUUAAGACAAGUGGUUGUUACGGAACACUGGGCAUGGAAUCUGGCGUGAUUGCUGAUCCUCAAAUAACGGCCUCGUCCGUGCUGGAGUGGACCGACCACACAGGGCAGGAGAACAGCUGGAAACCCGAGAAAGCCAGGCUGAGAAAACCUGGACCUCCGUGGGCUGCUUUUGCCACUGAUGAAUAUCAGUGGCUACAAAUAGAUCUGAAUAAGGAGAAGAAGAUAACAGGCAUCGUAACCACUGGAUCCACCAUGGUGGAGCACAAUUACUAUGUGUCUGCCUACAGAAUUCUGUAUAGUGAUGAUGGGCAGAAGUGGACUGUGUACAGAGAGCCUGGUGUGGAGCAGGAUAAGAUAUUUCAAGGAAACAAAGAUUAUCACCAGGAUGUGCGUAAUAACUUUUUGCCACCAAUUAUUGCACGUUUUAUUAGAGUGAACCCUACCCAAUGGCAGCAGAAAAUUGCCAUGAAAGUGGAACUGCUCGGAUGUCAGUUCAUCCCUAAAGGUCGUCCUCCAAAACUUACUCAACCUCCACCACCUCGGAACAGCAAUGACCUCAAAAAUACUACAGCCCCUCCAAAAAUAGCCAAAGGCCGGACCCCAAAAUUUAAUCAACCGCUACAACCUCGCAGUAACAAUGAAUUUCCUGCUCAGACAGAACAAACAACUGCCAGUCCUGAUAUCAAAAAUACUACGGUGACUCCAAAUGUAACCAAAGAUGUGGCAUUGGCUGCAGUCCUCGUCCCUGUGCUUGUCAUGGUCCUCACCACCCUCAUUCUCGUUUUAGUGUGUGCGUGGCACUGGAGAAACAGAAAGAAAAAAACUGAAGGUACCUACGACUUACCUUACUGGGAUCGGGCAGGUUGGUGGAAAGGAAUGAAGCAGUUUCUCCCUGCCAAGUCAUUGGAACACGAGGAAACCCCGGUUCGCUACAGCAGUAGUGAAGUGAAUCACCUGAGCCCGAGAGAGGUCACCACAGUGCUUCAGACAGACUCCGCAGAGUAUGCGCAGCCGCUUGUGGGAGGAAUUGUUGGCACACUUCAUCAGAGAUCUACCUUUAAACCGGAAGAAGGAAAAGAAGCAGGCUAUGCAGACCUUGAUCCUUACAGCUCACCGGUGCAGGAAGUCUACCAUGCCUACGCUGAACCACUCCCGAUCACUGGGCCCGAGUAUGCAACCCCCAUCAUCAUGGACAUGUCGGGGCACCCCGCAGCUUCCGUUGGGCUGCCCUCCACAUCCACCUUCAAAGCUCCAGGGAACCAACCGCCAUCUGUAGUGGGGACUUACAAUACAGUUCUCUCCAGGACUGACAGCUGCUCCUCAGCCCGAGCCCAGUAUGACACCCCCAAAGGUGGGAAGCCAGGUCCAGCUGCCCCAGAUGAAUUGUACCAGGUGCCGCAGAGCGUGCAGGAAAUGUCAGGUGCAGGCCGGGAGGGAGAAGCUGAUGUUUUUAAAGAAAUCCUUUGAAGGUGAUGCUGCUUUUUACAAAGCAUCGUUUUAAAGCACAUGGCCUUUUAAGUAUUAGCGGUAGUAAUAUAUAGAAUGUAUUACAUAUCUGUCACUGAAGUGGUUGGGAAAAUGUGGUGACCGAGGUAGAGGAAACUACUACUCUUACCAUCUUGCUUUGAAGGUGUUACUGUGGCACAGUUAUGCUUGCCUGUUAAAUUUCGAACAUCCUGUUUGUUACUACUGUAAAACACUAUUUUUAAUACAGAAAAAGCUCCCUAUUAUGCACUUCAAAGAAAUUUUAAAAAUCACUGAGAGUAUUUAUUACCAAUGCUGCAGGUACAUUAACGAACUCAAGAGAUGGCUCUGUAAGCCUGACUGGCAAUAACGCAUGGUACUGUUCUUGAAAUCUCUAAUGGCUUGAAAUUCUACUCUCUUUGUAAAAGGCGGGUACUAUCACGAGUCCCUCCUCUCGUAUUCUUUGCCUUCUGGACUGUUUGAUUGAAAAGAAUUAGUGAGAUAAGCACUGUUUUGAAUACAGCCAUAUACACACUUACCUGUCUUUCUUUAGGAAGAUCUGUAGUCAAGAAACUCUGACUUGUAAUGAGCAAGCAAGGUGCUUGAUUUUUCACUUUUUGACACAUAAGAGCUUUAACACUACACGGUACGUGACCUGGUGUCAUCCCUGCUGGUUCCGCCCAGGGCCCCUGGUGGCGAGCCCCAGUCGUGUUUAUGAAAUAUCUUUUCAAUAUGAGUCUUUUUCAAUAUGAGUGAUGCUGGCUUUGUCAGUCUCAUGAAAGUGUCUUUACUGCGUGGAAACAGAACAACUUCAACAAUUUAGAGAAGCUGUAAAGGAGAUGCUCGACCCACUCCAACUUUAUUCGCAGAGAGAUCUUUUUCUAGGAGUGUUGUGAAAGUUGAGGAUUUCUAAGUGAAUGCUGUAAAUGUGGCCUACUUGUAUUUAUCACAGAGCAAGGCAAAAAUCCUGCAAAAUCAGGCAUUCAGAAGUCCUAGCCUUAGAAAGCAAACAAAAAAAGAACCAAAAUUCAUCCUCUCUGGUUUUAUACAUACACAUACAAAUUUUUAUCGAGUCUCAGAGUAUUUUAUUUAUUUUAGUCAAAUAAAAUAGUUUUUGUUUUCACAGUGAACUAGUGCAAGAACUCUAAAGCCAGCAUGUACCCUUCAGUGUGGUGUGAUUGCGCCCUUCCUGUGCGUGGUCCAAGGCAUGAGGAGUCCUUUUAGAUCAUAGCUGGGCAUCUGCUCCCUGACAGAUGAGUUUUCGGGCCUGGUUUUCGCUCUCUCUUGGAAGCUGCUUCGUAGGUACUUGUUCAUGACCUGCCCAGAACUCAUUUUAACAGGGUGGUAUAGAAGCCGUCUGUAAUUUAUUAGCCCAUAGUACAAAAACCAGCUUUCAAAGUCUUCAGGCUGGUAAGAUGACAUGAGCAGCUCACCGUCAUUUGACAUUCCCAUGUCCGUCAACCUUAGUUUGUAGACAUAAUACUAAAAUGUAUUUUCUCACCAGGUUCUAGUCAUUUGUUGGCCUGCGCCUCUAGAUGAUAUUGUCACCAGUGUUCAGGAAGUUUGAGGAAAGAUGAGCCGUGUCCAUGUGGCUCAUUUCCACAACUCCAUCAGUAUUCUAGAACGUCACUUCAGAAAGUACUGCUCAUUUCUGCAGCCUUCCUGCCUUCUCUCUGUAUGGUUUGGUUGCUUUUUUCCAUUUGCUUUCCUUUUCCAAUCUUGGAGGCACCAUUUCAUGAAAAUCAAUACACAUUUUGUUUCAAGAUAUUUGAAACAAAAAGCACAGAUGUUGAGCUGUUAUUAAAACAUGUAUGAAUAUGUAAAGCACAUGUAUUACUGUAGGCAUCCCCUUUCAGGUGGGAAAAGAGUAAACCAGUUAUCUUAUUUUUAUUCCUCCUCAGUACACAAAGAAUAUACUUUUUCCUCACGUCAUAUACCUAUAUGAAGCUUUAAGAGAGAUGUUUUCAAUCACGAUUUCAUCUUCCCAAAGAAGCUUGCUGUUUCUUGUGUAACUGUGCGUCCUGAUUGUCGUUCCCUAUAGCUAUUUCUUCUUUCUUUCUUUCUUUUGGAGAGGCAAGUGUUUUUUAAGACUUGAUUCGUAUCGCCACUGUGCUGUCCUUGAACUACAAAUGGUUUUUAUAAAAUAUAUACUUUUUACUGCUUUUGUAUAUUUUAUUUUCCAGAUGAAAAGCUGAGCCUGAUUCAAACAGUUUUUCUGGUUUUGUACUUUUUCUCUUAGUUCCUUUAUGUUCCCAUUAGAAGGGUUUUGGUGUUUUACUACAUUCGUAUGUUUGAUACAUAUACAACUUUGGAGACAAUCAAGUAAGAACUGAAAAUGUGAAAGUGACCAGUUUUGACAAAAUUCCCUUGAAUCUUUCUUCUUUACUUGAAACAUUGAAGACUUACGUUGCUGUGGUUUAUGAGAUUAAAUUUUUCUCUGUUAAUACAUUAUAGAAAUCAAACAGUGAUGCAACAAGUGUGACCAUCAACAGGUUUUAUAAAAUUACACUGAAUUGGCAGUUACUUGAUCCUAAGAAGGUAAAGAGGAGAUAUUGUGUGUUCUGACUUGUAUUUUAUUAAAUGCUGUAAAUCAAAAUAGAUCCUGUUGUAUAUGCCAGAUCUAGUUCGGUUAUUUAAGUUCACGUUUCACUGUUUGCACUUUGCAUUGAACAAUGGGUUUAUAUGGCUCCGUAGAGAACUUCAACAGGAAUUAAAAACUAGCACGGUAGGUACUCACUUGCCUCUCCCCUCCCCCACUUCCCUGCCCCAGGAGGGGGAAGCAGAAUCUAAAAUAUGAAUGUGGCCGCCGAGCUGUGGGAAGUGGUCAAGCUGGAACUCUUUGCCCUGUCUAGACAGUCACAUAGAGAGCAGAAGGGCUACAGCAGGGAGAAAGACCAUGUCAGAUGACAGAGUGAUGGGAAAUGGCGUGGGACAGUUGAAAGGCGUUUCAAGCCCUCUUCAGGAGAGAAGUCAAACUCUUACCGAACAACAGUUAAGUUAUUUAGUAGAUCCUGAACUUGAAGUCCCUAAACUGCAAAAUCUAAGAAUUGGAUGAUUUCUAAAAUACUUUUAGGUCAACCGUGGCAUCAGUUCUCAUGUAAUCUAGCUUCUCACUAGUGUCUUCCCCUUCAUUUGGCACUGGGAAAGGUAGAAACGAAACAUGUUGAAAUACGUAUUGGAAAUAAACAUGGCUUGAGCGUCAGUGAUAUUUUCCCCGAAUGUACUUUUCUUACCUCGGCAUGUACUGUAGUCACUCAGUAUUUGUAUAUGUUGCUAGAAUUUAGAAUGUAUAAAUAGUGAAUUUUAAUGUGUUCAUGUGUUUUUAAUAAAUUGUAUAUAUGUGUCUUGCUCAGAUUAUUUGGCUUAAAUAAAACAACCUUCAGGUUUGUAGCUUUUUCUUAUA